AUGCCCGCCGCCGCCGCCGCCUCGCCCCGGCCCGUGUCCCCGUCCCGGCCCCGCCGCUACCUCCUCAUUGACACCCAGGGCGUACCCUACACAGCGCUGGUGGACGACCAGGCCCGGCGCGCGGCUGCGGCCCCGGGUUCCGCCGGCCAGAAGAAGAGCUACCGUUGCCCGGUGUGCUCCCGCGCCUUCGAGUACCAGUCUUACCUGCAGCGCCACAGCGUCGCGCACUCGGAGGCCAAGCCAUUCCGCUGUGACGCCUGCGGCAAGGCCUUCAAGCGGGCCAGCCACCUGGCGCGGCACCGCGGCACGCACCGCGCCGGCGUUGGCCGGCCCCUCGGCUGCCCGCGCCGCUUCCGGGAUGCGGGGGAGCCAGCGCGGCGCGACCGCGCGCACUCCGAAGAGUGCCCGCUCCAGUGCCCGCGCUGCCCGCGCCGCUUCACGGAGCAGAGCACACGGCAGAAGCACCGGCGGUGGAAGCACCCGUGAGCCGUCCCCGCAUCCCGGCGGCCGCAGGACGGAGGGGCCCGCACGCCCGGCCCCAGCUCCCCCGGUCCUGGACACCGACACUCGCGGGACUGUGCCCAAGCGUGAGCCCCGUCCAGCCACGAGGCCCGAGCGGUGUAGAAAAUUGCGGCCUCCCAGAAGCUGAUGGGCACGGGGCGGGGUACCUGUCCAGGCCGAUGUCGGCGUCCUGGACCUGCGCGGCCAGUCUACUAGUCAGAGACUCGCCCCGCCAUGGGGAGCAAGGGCCUCAGCCCUGAGGCCUAGGCAGCCGGGCUGGGGAGGAGGGAGUGCCGCCUGGGGCCUGUCUCCCUCCCAAAAUCUGGGUCACCAAGCAGUGUUUCCCAGCCUCGAUUCGGGUCACCAAGCAGUGUUUACUAGAUUUGAUCCGGGUCUCCCAGGCAGUGUUCCCCAGCCUCCAUCCUGGUCACCCAGGCAGUGUUCCCCAGCCUAAGUUUUUAUUAUAACACAGUACACAAGUUCACAAAACGUGUGUAAAGCCAG